UAGACCGGUGCCAGCUGUUUUCAAUUCCUCUCGUGUGCACUCUGUGGGAAAUGCGGGGUUUCCAACCCCGUUUUCCUGAAAACGAAUUGAUAUCUUUUUCAGAAUGCAUUUUUCUCACCCUCUGGGAGAUACUGGAAUAAAACCCUCUAACAGCCUCUUUUUCCCCCUUAGGAAGGGGACGCUUUGGGAAUGACCAUGCUCCGAGGAGGGACAGAGCUGGCUCCCAGCUUCUCUACACACAGCCUCCUCCACUAACGCUCCAAAAAUCAAAAACCCGUAAUUGCCAGAGGAAUCAUUAAAAAAAAAAUAGUCCAGCCACCAACCUCACAUGCAAAGGGAAUAAUUACUCUGGAUUCUGCAUCGUGAGCUGCUCUCCAUCCACUGACUUACCUUUGAAUUCAGUCUUUUUUUUUUCCCCCCUUUGAAUUUGCAUCUCUUCAAGACACAAGAUUCAAACAAAAUUCACGAUAAAUUGGAUUUCAAAUUACCUUCCUUUCAUUUAUCCUUCAUCUUUCUUAUGUGGAUAUGCAAGCGAGAAGAGGAGCUUGGACAUUCCCAACAUGCUCACUCCCUUAAUCCGAUCGUCUAGAGGUUUGGCUUCUACAAACCAAGGGAGUCGACGAGUUGAAGAUGAAGCCCAGAGCAGAGUGCUGUUCUCCCAAGUUCUGGUUGGUGUUGGCUGUCCUGGCUGUGUCAGGCAGCAGAGCUCGUUCUCAGAAGAGCGCCCCCAGCAUUGGCAUCGCUGUCAUCCUUGUGGGCACUUCAGACGAGGUGGCCAUCAAGGAUGCCCACGAGAAAGAUGACUUCCAUCAUCUCUCUGUGGUGCCCCGUGUGGAGCUAGUAGCCAUGAAUGAGACCGAUCCAAAGAGCAUCAUCACCCGUAUCUGUGACCUCAUGUCGGACCGGAAGAUCCAGGGGGUGGUGUUUGCUGACGACACUGACCAGGAAGCCAUUGCCCAGAUCCUUGACUUCAUUUCAGCCCAGACUCUCACCCCCAUCCUGGGCAUCCACGGGGGAUCCUCUAUGAUCAUGGCAGACAAGGAUGAAUCCUCCAUGUUCUUCCAGUUUGGCCCAUCUAUUGAACAGCAAGCUUCCGUGAUGCUCAACAUCAUGGAGGAGUAUGACUGGUACAUCUUUUCUAUCGUCACCACCUACUUCCCUGGCUACCAGGACUUUGUGAAUAAGAUUCGCAGCACCAUUGAGAACAGCUUUGUGGGCUGGGAGCUAGAGGAAGUCCUCUUGCUGGACAUGUCCCUGGAUGAUGGAGAUUCAAAGAUUCAGAACCAGCUCAAGAAACUUCAAAGCCCCAUCAUUCUUCUUUAUUGUACUAAGGAAGAGGCUACCUACAUCUUCGAGGUGGCUAACUCAGUAGGGCUGACUGGCUGCGGCUACACGUGGAUUGUGCCUAGUCUGGUGGCAGGGGAUACAGACACAGUGCCCUCGGAGUUCCCCACUGGGCUCAUCUCUGUGUCCUAUGAUGAAUGGGACUACGGGCUCCCUGCCAGAGUGAGGGAUGGGAUUGCCAUAAUCACCACCGCUGCUUCUGACAUGCUGUCUGAGCACAGCUUCAUCCCGGAACCCAAGAGCAGUUGUUACAACACCCAUGAGAAGAGGAUCUACCAGUCCAACAUGUUGAAUAGGUAUCUGAUCAAUGUCACUUUUGAGGGGAGAAAUCUGUCCUUCAGUGAAGAUGGCUACCAGAUGCACCCGAAACUGGUGAUAAUCCUUCUGAACAAGGAGAGGAAGUGGGAGAGGGUGGGGAAGUGGAAAGACAAGUCCUUGCAGAUGAAGUACUACUUGUGGCCCCGAAUGUGUCCUGAGACAGAAGAGCAGGAAGAUGACCAUCUGAGCAUCGUAACACUGGAGGAGGCUCCGUUUGUUAUUGUCGAGAGUGUGGACCCUCUGAGUGGAACCUGCAUGAGAAACACAGUCCCCUGCCAAAAACGCAUCGUCUCUGAGAAUAAAACAGAUGAGGAGCCAGGUUACAUAAAAAAAUGCUGCAAGGGCUUCUGUAUUGACAUCCUUAAGAAAAUUUCCAAAUCUGUGAAGUUCACAUAUGACCUUUACCUGGUCACCAAUGGCAAACAUGGGAAGAAAAUCAAUGGAACCUGGAAUGGUAUGAUUGGAGAGGUGGUCAUGAAGAGGGCCUACAUGGCGGUGGGGUCACUCACCAUCAAUGAGGAACGAUCCGAGGUGGUCGACUUCUCUGUGCCCUUCAUAGAGACCGGCAUCAGUGUCAUGGUGUCACGCAGCAAUGGAACUGUCUCACCGUCUGCCUUCUUAGAGCCCUUCAGCGCUGACGUCUGGGUUAUGAUGUUUGUGAUGCUGCUCAUUGUCUCAGCUGUGGCUGUUUUUGUCUUUGAGUACUUCAGCCCUGUGGGUUAUAACAGGUGCCUCGCUGAUGGUAGAGAGCCAGGGGGCCCAUCUUUUACCAUCGGCAAAGCUAUUUGGUUACUGUGGGGCCUGGUGUUUAACAACUCCGUCCCGGUGCAGAACCCAAAGGGGACCACCUCCAAGAUCAUGGUGUCAGUUUGGGCCUUCUUCGCUGUCAUCUUCCUGGCCAGCUACACUGCCAACUUAGCUGCCUUCAUGAUCCAAGAGGAGUAUGUGGACCAGGUUUCCGGCCUGAGUGACAAAAAGUUCCAGAGACCUAAUGACUUCUCACCCCCUUUUCGCUUUGGAACGGUGCCCAAUGGCAGCACAGAGAGGAAUAUUCGCAAUAACUAUGCGGAAAUGCAUGCCUACAUGGGGAAGUUCAACCAGAGGGAUGUGGAUGAUGCGUUGCUCUCCCUGAAAACAGGGAAACUGGAUGCCUUCAUCUAUGAUGCAGCAGUGCUCAACUACAUGGCAGGCAGAGAUGAAGGCUGCAAGCUGGUGACCAUUGGCAGUGGGAAGGUCUUUGCUUCCACUGGGUAUGGCAUUGCCAUCCAAAAAGAUUCUGGGUGGAAACGCCAGGUGGACCUUGCUAUCCUGCAACUUUUUGGAGAUGGGGAGAUGGAGGAGCUGGAAGCUCUCUGGCUCACUGGCAUUUGCCACAAUGAGAAGAACGAAGUCAUGAGCAGCCAGUUGGACAUUGAUAACAUGGCAGGAGUCUUCUACAUGUUGGGGGCAGCCAUGGCUCUCAGCCUCAUCACCUUCAUCUGUGAACACCUUUUCUAUUGGCAGUUCCGGCACUGCUUUAUGGGCGUCUGUUCCGGCAAGCCUGGCAUGGUCUUCUCCAUCAGCAGAGGUAUCUACAGCUGCAUCCAUGGAGUGGCCAUUGAGGAGCGUCAAUCCGUGAUGAAUUCCCCCACCGCGACCAUGAACAACACCCACUCCAACAUCCUGCGCCUGCUCCGCACGGCCAAGAACAUGGCCAACCUGUCCGGGGUGAACGGCUCCCCGCAGAGCGCCCUGGAUUUCAUCCGCCGCGAGUCCUCCGUCUACGACAUCUCCGAGCACCGCCGCAGCUUCACACACUCGGACUGCAAGUCCUACAACAACCCGCCCUGCGAGGAGAACCUCUUCAGCGACUACAUCAGCGAGGUGGAGAGGACCUUCGGCAACCUGCAGCUCAAGGACAGCAACGUGUACCAGGACCACUACCACCACCACCACCGGCCCCACAGCAUCGGCAGCACCAGCUCCAUCGACGGCCUCUACGACUGCGACAACCCGCCCUUCUCCGCCCAGCCGCGCCCCAUCGGCAAGAAGCCCCUGGACAUCGGCCUCCCCUCUUCCUCCAAGCACGGCCAGCUCAGCGACCUGUACGGCAAGUUCUCCUUCAAGGGCGACCGCUACGGCGGCCACGACGACCUGAUCCGCUCCGACGUGUCCGACAUCUCCACGCACACGGUCACCUACGGCAACAUCGAGGGCAACGCGGCCAAGAGGCGCAAGCAGCAGUACAAGGACAGCCUCAAGAAGCGGCCCGCCUCGGCCAAGUCCCGCCGCGAGUUCGACGAGAUCGAGCUGGCCUACCGCCGCCGGCCGCCCCGCUCCCCAGACCACAAGCGCUACUUCAGGGACAAGGAAGGGCUGCGGGACUUCUACCUGGACCAGUUCCGCACCAAGGAGAACUCGCCCCACUGGGAGCACGUGGACCUGACGGACAUCUACAAGGAGCGCAGCGACUCGGUCAGCGGAGGAGGAGGAGGAGGAGGUGGGCCCUGCACCAACAGGUCCCACCUCAAACACGGGGCCGGGGACAAGCACGGCGUGGUGGGCGGGGUGCCGGCGCCCUGGGAGAAGAACCUGACCAACGUGGAGUGGGAGGACCGCUCCGGGGGCAACUUCUGCCGCAGCUGCCCCUCCAAGCUGCACAACUACUCCGCGUCGGUGGGAGGGCAGAACUCGGGGCGGCAGGCGUGCAUCCGCUGCGAGGCCUGCAAGAAGGCGGGCAACCUGUACGACAUCAGCGAGGACAACUCCCUGCAGGAGCUGGACCAGCCGGCGGCCCCGGUGGCCGUGACGUCCAACGCCUCCACCACCAAGUACCCCCAGAGCCCGACCAACUCCAAGGCCCAGAAGAAGAACCGGAACAAGCUCCGCCGGCAGCACUCCUACGACACCUUCGUGGAUCUGCAGAAGGAAGAAGCCGCCCUGGCCCCGCGCAGUGUGAGCCUGAAAGACAAGGGCCGGUUCGUGGAUGGGAGUCCCUACGCCCACAUGUUUGAGAUGCCAGCUGGCGAGAGCACCUUUGCCAACAACAAGUCCUCAGUGUCCAGUGCCGGACACCACCACAACAACCCCGGCGGCGGCUACAUGCUCAGCAAGUCGCUUUACCCUGACCGGGUCACGCAAAACCCUUUCAUCCCCACUUUUGGGGAUGACCAGUGCUUGCUCCAUGGCAGCAAAUCCUACUUCUUCAGGCAGCCCUCGGUGCCAGGGGCGCCAAAAGCCAGGCCAGACUUCCGUGCCCUUGUCACCACCAAGCCAGUGGUCUCGGCCCUUCAUGGGGCUGUGCCAGGCCGUUUCCAGAAAGACAUCUGUAUAGGGAACCAGUCCAACCCCUGUGUGCCUAACAACAAAAACCCCAGGGCUUUCAAUGGCUCCAGCAAUGGUCAUGUUUAUGAGAAACUUUCUAGUAUUGAGUCUGAUGUCUGAGUGAGGAAAGAGAGAGGUUAAGGUGGGUAUGGGAGGGUUGGGCUGUGGACCUGUGGUGGUGGAUAUGUCACGGAGGGCGACGGGGGUGAACUUGGUUCCCAUUUGCUCCUUUCUUAUUGUUUUAAUUUAUUUAUGGGAUCCUGGAGUUCUGACACUUUCGGAGGGCAACCCUGGUGACCAGCACCAUCUCGCCUCCCUUUCCAGUUCGCUCCUCUUUCCCCCAUCUGUCGGUCGUUCCUAUUCCCAAGAGAGGAUGCAGUGGGCUCGCUCAGCAUGGGAGGCCAAAAUGGAGAAAGGAAGUGGCUGCUCGUGAGCUUCCUGCUAGCAUGGAAGGACUCUGUCACCCACUUUGAGUGAAGCAAGGAGAAGCAAAAGGAGGCCAUGUGAGCACAGGAUAGCUCUUCCCAAACUGAGCUUUAUGUUUAGAUGAGGCAGCAAAAGCAUUCAAAUAAGACCAUUUAGCAUACUUGCCUGUAAAUGAAAAGAGGCUUUUGCUAAAUUCUUGUGGCUUUGAUGGCAUCUGUUUAGGAAUCAUGUACCAAGCAGAGGUGGGGAGGCCAUGUGUGUUGGUAUAUAAGCCAAAAUGUUUGCUUCAAUUCCAUGAGACUCAUUAGUGGUGAACAAAGGUCACUGGUGGAUAAUGGGAAGUACAUCAUUGCAAUCUUUCAUGGUGCCUUAAAGGCAAGGGAGGAUGGACUGCAUAUGCAUGUGUGUGCAAAUACAUUUGCACAUAUAUGAUCUGUACACACACAGAGUCAGGGGCCUAUAAAUGUAGAGAAGGCAACCAAGCCUCGUGUUUCUUUCAAUAUUCCUCAGCAGUGUGCUUGUUUUGGCUUAUAUACAAGCAGAGAUGGUCAUAUGUUAGCUGAAUGUUGGCUGUCUCAUCCCUUCACCGUUCCUGAAUGAAGAGAACAGGAGUUCUUUUCAGAGAAGAAUCUUUGGUCCAGACAAAAAGGUGGUAAACAAUCCUACAAGAGCAAGGUACAAAAGCGGUUUCUCCAGCUGCCAAUAUCUUCAACUGGUUUUGGCCAAGAACUUUCCAGGAAGGCUAAAGGGAAGUAGAAAUGGCCAUGAUCCUCUAGAGAGCAAAAGAUUCUAUAAAGCUCUCUUGAGCUUUAGACCCUCACCUGAUCUGGGUUUGGAGAGGAGCUAAGUAAGGCUUUGGGAAAUAGGGAGUAGUUCAUGGUAAGGUAAGUGAGAGAGGGGGAUGUUUUCAAUGCUUUGAUCCCUUCUUACUUAACCUGGAGCUAGGAGAUCAGGCUUGUUCCCUCAGAAUCCAUCACAACUGCUAGGUAACAGGUAAGAGGAAUGAGCUCACUCAUGAGUAUAGCUCAAGAGGUAUGGAGGGAAGGAAGAGAUUUGGAAGUGGUGAGGAGGGGGGCAUACCCCUUCUAACCAUUGGGUCUGGCUCCCUGAGAAUGUGACAUUGAGCCCAAUGUGAUCACUCUUGGUAGAAGCCCUUCCAUCUUCCUGCAACACCUUUCUCUCCCAGAGUAUACUAUCCAAGAAUAAAAUAUGUACAUGUAGAAAAACUCCAGGAUGGAAGGUACUGGCAGAUGUGAUGCCCCUUUCACUGAAAGUCAGAAACUUGAGAAGGGAAAUGAAUAUUUGUCACUGCUGGUCCUGAAACUCUGGGUCAGUUCCACUGUCCUGCCACCCUCCCUUUAUACAGGUGGCAGCCACAGAGCCCAGGUCUGUUUGGAAGCUUGACUGCAGGACCUCCAUGUUGCACACAGGACACACAAACCAGAAAGGUGCUCAUCCUCCUCUGGAAGGAAGCUGCCAUGUCUCUUCAAGUCACACCCUCCAGGGCUGCUCUUUGCCUUCUGUUUGCCCUGACUCACCACCCUUCCUCAUUCCUCAUCCUUGACUGCUAUCCCACCCUCCUCCUUGAUUUUUUUUUUUUACCUCAGUAUCUUCCAUUUUAAAGCCAACUGAAGGCCUUGUAAAGCUUUGUUUUCUUUCUAAAAUGAACCUGGGGACAAGGGGCUGAACCUCUCACAAGUGUGGAGAGAGGAGCACGGAGUGCUUUACUUUAGAUUCAAGGAAAGACUUUGAGAGAGAGGACAGAGGGUGUGAGAUGUCUUCAGGAGGAAGAAGGAGAAGGGCCAUAUAAACAUUGCUUCACCCUGACUCUGUCCAAGGUCAGGGGCUCCUCCCUCACUCUUCCUCUUACCUCACCCCAGUCAAAUAAAAAACCAAACCAACUAACCUAGCGAACAGCAAUCUAGAACAAAGGGGGCUCUGUUGGUCUCCACUGGUGACAGAAAUCAAGAUGGUGUUUAUUUCAUAUGUAAAUAUUUUGUUUUCUAAUUAAUUUUGUAUAGAUAAAGUGUUUUCUUGUGAGUAUUCAGGGUGUUGGGCUGGAGCGGGUAGGGAGGGGAUGGGAGUAAAGGGGGAAAGUGUUCUGCUAUGGGUUUUCAUUUUCCACUGGGGAGACUGUAUGGAUGGCUUUUGCUUCAGGGUGUCUGGAAAAAAGUGAAUGUGAGUGGAGGCCACUGUGGUGAGAAAGCCAGGGAGAGUCAUUUGUGUCCAUGCUUCCCCACCUCUCUGGUCUUAUUGGUCUGUGAGAAGCAUUCAUGCCCAUCGGCCUGGGCUUACUUAGCAUAGGGACCAGUUUGGCUCUAAGCAAACCCCAGGUCCAGCUCCUAACUUCUAGGUAGAUAUAGAUCAAGCUGGUGGCACCAUAUUUUCCCUGCCAGUAUUUAGGAUAGGGAAGAUUCUCAAGAGGACUUAAAGCAGAAUGGAGGUCAAGUUAAUCUGUCAUUUCCGGUGUAGCUGAGAGGUUUCAGGAAGUUCAGUCCUAAGGGCUUUCCCAGCAGCUCCCCCUGAUGUUUAACAACCAUCUCAGUCAUUAGACUCUUCUUUCCAAUACCUGGGCACCCACCCUCUCACUGUCCCCUCCCUUCCUCCAUGGAAAUCACACCUAGAAAAUCCCCACUAGAUCUGCUUUUGGAAACAUGGUAUCUGGUUACAGGGAGGUAGCACCAGAUGCCUGUCUUACAAAUUCACAUGGUUUUCUGAAAAGAUUACCAGAUAUGCUCAAAACUCAGUGGCCAUAUCAUUCUCUUAGGUUGCAGAAGUUGGUUUUAGAUGUAGUAGGGCACGUAUGUAAAGGAUGGUGCCAACAGUGAUUUUAUAUUUGUCUGCCCUCAUUUCUGCCAUCACGAGGGGGCUAUUUGCCUCAAGCCAGGUAUUCUUAACCUGACCUUGGGUUAGCCAGGCAAAUUGAAUUUCUUUCACUGGACCUCUGGCUUUGUGAAUGAUGACAGCUUCUCUAUGUUCACCACAGGGUGAAAUUUCCAAAUCCAUUUACCUGUGAUAUUACAUUAAUUAUUUUUUCCUUUCUUCUAUUAUCAAAUCUGUCAGCUGAGUCAUUUUAUUUACCUUAACCCCUUCUUUGGCCCCAGUUGAUCAUCUCUCUUCAACUGGAUAUUUGAAUUAGGACCAAAUAAGAUUUUCAUGGCCUGCUCAAGAAAGCAUAAAGAAAGGAUGGCUGAGCAUUGUUAGGUUCUAGGUAUUACUUCAUUCCAAAAUAACAAACCAGUAAAAUGCAUAAGGAUGAAUUCUGAAGUAAGCCUCAUCUAUUCCACAGAAGGACAGAGACCCAGGCUAUUCAAAACUGUGAGAUUCCACUGACACCAUUGGAGCAAUAGUUGUUCCAAUAUUCUUUGGAGUCCAUGCUUCCCAUCUUUGUAUUCUCUAUUAUUUCCUUCCACUGUGGAAGUGGGUUGGUGGAUAUGGUCCUAAAUCAAUCCUAUCAGAGGUCUGCUUAAAUCUCAGCAUUUCUACUGACCUCAAAUAAGCUGACCCUGGAAUUUUCCCGAGUCAAGAAUGUGCAUACCCUUCAGAGUGAUGCAUGUAUAGUGGGUCUUAUAAUUUCAAAGUAUUUCACUGUGUAUUUUCAGCCAGAAUGCAGGAAACAUUCUUGAUGUGGAUUCCCCUGUGCUGGCCACCCAUGUUGUGAUUGGGGGAGAAAAUCCCAAAUGAUUCCAUUAAAUGUUGGUGGUGUCAGUAGUGCCAAAAUGCAUGCAUAAUGUGAUAAAAAGAGAGUCAUCUAUAAUUAAGUGAAUGUCACCCACCCAGUCUCCCCUUGCAUCUAAAGUUGCCCAAAGGGAAACUCUCUGCAUGAGAGGUGAAAAAAUGUGUAACCAAUACUGCAGUAUUCUGGUCACCUGUGCCUCUCAUUUAAGAACUAGAGUUUCUUUGGGGUUUUGUUUGUUGUUUGCUUGUUUGGUUAGUUAGUUCAAGAUUUAUGGACAGAAUAACCAGAUGGCUUGGGCAAUAGCCUUUGGAGAAAGCUAUUCUAAAACAACUUUAUUCUUUUAAUCCCAAACUCUCUAUAAAAAUCCUAGUCAUUGCUUAACACCUGUAUGUGUCUGUUUGCUGUGUUAGGAAUGAUUUAGAUGUGUGCAUAAAUAAUGCAGCCGCAGUGCUAUUGAUGAAUGCAUUAGGUGUUUCCAGGUAUUGUGGCCAUAAAUUAUGUGUGUUCUGAGCCCAAAGCCAUAUAAGAAAUGUGUGCUCAGUAGACUGCCAAAUACUUUGGUAGAGAUUUGCUUCCUUCGCUUGAGUGUCAAAAACUAUCCUUCCUGUCUAAGGAACUCUAUAUGGAUGAGAAGCAGUUAAGAGUAGAUAGUUAUACUGGAAUGUGUCUGGCCUUACAAAAGGUAUUUGAUCCAUAGUGUGAUUUUAGAGGUCCUGAGAAGACCUUCGCUUUUCAUUCCCCAUUCUUCUCCAAAUACUGGCUUUCCACACAGAUUUACUCCUUUAGCACUGAGCUGCUCAUCUGUCAUUUAAAUGAAACCAGGAAGGGUGAUAUAUUAAGCCAUAUUAGGGAUUUAUACACUGUAAUACCUAGUGUACAUUAGGUUUCUCAUUUAUUUUCCUGGGAAUAAAUUAAUGGUAUAGGAGAAGACAGAGAGAGAAAAGAACAGUGAGAGUAAUAGAGUAGGGAGUAAAGACAUAGGUUCUAGAGUAAACGGACAUUUAAACCCUCCCAUCCUCCAUCUGUGUUUACUUAAGGUUCAUGUGACAUGGGAUUAGGACUCCUAGUUAGGAAUUAUUUUCAAUAAGCAGUUACAUGAAUAUGUAGUUUAUGAAUUUAUAAAUUCAGUACAUUGUAGGGUGGGUUAAGGACUAUGACUUUUUCAACACAAAAUGAAAUACUAAUGCUUCUCCUCCAUUACAGGAGUGAGCAGCUAGAAAAAUCAAUUGAAUUAAUGUUAUGAUAAUAAAAAGUUAUUGUAAUUAUAUGUUCUUUGUUCCAAUUCAAUUAAUCUUCCAAUUUUGCUGAGUUGUUCUGUAUCUUCUACUUUCCAACCUCCAAAGAGGGUGCCCAAUGAUCCCAACACACACUUAACUGUCUGUUAAGGAGCUAUUGGACUACCAUGUGCUACUUAACCAGUGGGCAAUUAUUUUUAGAACUACCAGAUAUUUGGGGCAUCACUAAAAUAUAUAGUUGUCAUUCUGAGAACUUCUACUGACCUAGAUGGAAGAUUCCAUUCUGAUUUUGGGGAUUCCAGUAUUACAUAUAAUCACAUGAUAACAGAAUACAUCCCAUCGCCAUCUCUUUCCAGCCAUGACUCAAUCAUGCCUUAUGGGUUCUGUGACUUCAAUAUAUAGACCUAUCUAUUCUCAUCGCCAAUAACCCCAUCAAAAAAACCUUCAAGUCACUACUAUUCCCAUGCCUUGGAAAAGUAGGUUAGUGAAGUUUGGGGCCUCUCAUUUACAAUAUUGAAGCAAGGAAAACGAAUUUUGCCCAAAGAGUGAUGGGUUAGGAUAGCAGUGCUGGAAUAAGUGAGGAAAGUUAGAAAUCAUUAACCCUUCUCUGCCAGUGUGGCCAUUUGCAUCCAUUUCAGAAUCAUCACACAGAGUUUCUGGCACUGUUCCAUACAUCUAAACAUAAUUGCUGGUAUAAGUCGGAGGUGAGGAUUCCUGAAGAGAACUGAAAGGGGAAAGCAGAGUAGAAUUUCCCAUAGCCUUGAGACUGGGGGAUGGAACCUGUAUUUUGGCAAAGGUAAAAUAAGUGGAAUUCAGUCUAAGAGUUAGGGUACAAUUAAAAGCACAACACUAAGCCCACUAUAAAACUGUUACUUUAAAUAUUUAGUCUCCACAUUUUAAAUCUGAAUUUUCUUUAAUUUAUAAUUUUUUUAGCAUUAUACUUUAGGGAGUGAAGCAGAUUCCUAACUAUGUAGGGAAAAAAUAAAAAUUCUUUAACAUAGUUAAAUAUGUUAGUUAAAUUAAACCAAUGUUUAUUAAGUAUAUACUAUGUCCUGGGCUGGUGCUGUGAAGAAUAGCAAAGAUUUUAAAAUAACAUAUGUUUAUAUAAUAUAUGAACACAAAAAUAUAAAAUAUUUAAAUGUAUGUAGUAUGUAUGUAUAAAUAGCUGUGAAUAAAUUAGUAUAUUUAUC